UAUUCUAGUUGUUUCCCGGAAUCAAAGACGUACACUUGUGGAGUUUUUGUUUAUCCAAACGUCUUGAGUUACGCUCGGCGCAGUGAGAUGUGUGACUGGUGUUCAUGAAAAGAAUUUAAGAGCUUAAAAGUUUUUGUUGUUUCGCCGAAAAUGGAAUGAUAUAAACAAUUUGCAAAACAAUGGAGAUAUAACCAUUGUUAGAGGAACAGAAAGUUUACAUGUAAUACAAACACAAUUAAAGAAUAAGACUUAGUGACGUAAAGUUAUUACGAAGCACACACUUGAAACGUUUUAGCUGGAAGUGGUAGCAGUAUAGCGCCGUCUGCGAGCAACACAGCCGGCUCUGUAAAACUCCGUGUAGUAACGAAGCUUGUUAGCGUACUUUAGUAAGAAGAUUGUCGCAGCGAAGACACCUUCACAGCGGCGGCACAAAUGGAACUAAUGAGUUCCCUGUUGUUAUACGCUCUUGUAGCACACUUGCCGCAAGCGCUAGGUGAGGUGCCAUACGCUAACCACAUUAAACCAAGACCCUCAGAUCUAGACAUAAAAUUCAACAACUCAAUGAUAUUCCAUCAAAUGCCGAUGCCAAAGAAAAUCCUAUUGAACAUCAACGGGCCCCCACUCGUGAACAUGGUGAACGACUUACAAGUGGUGUUCAUGGACGUGAAUUGCAAGAAAUGCAUCGAUUGUAUGGAAAGAGCAAUCAAAGCGUACAAAACCCACUACCACAUAGUCAAGCAACGACCGAGAACUGAUGAACUACAUCAAGAAGUACUCAAAAAUCGAUACGGGAAGGGUAAACGAAUUAAAAGAGAAAGCAGAUCAAAGAAAGAAACAGAAACAGCAACAACCACAUCGAAAACAAGAAAGGGUAAACCGAAGAAGAAGACAGUGUCGGUAACAAAAUACAACGUUGACGGUGAAGUGUAUGCGGUGAAAGUAAACGAGACAAGUAAUCAAGUAAACAUCGAACACCAAAACGACACCCUAGUGUCAACGUGCCAACUGUUCAGCGUCACGAAGACUGCCCUAUGCGACACACCAGAAGCUUUCUCAGUACUGUUACCCCCAAAAAGAAAGACUGUUAAGAAGAAAAGUACUAAAACGUAUAGACCACGCACACCGGAACCACAUUUCAUGAUACCAUCGUUUAGGAAACGACAAGUGGAUAACACGCAAGAACCAGAUAAUUUUAUGUCUUCAAUAGAGGAAUCCUACUGACAUGAUAUGUAAACUCAUUACAUUAAACUAAUAAGUAGUAAUAAUAUUGUAAGUUAGUUAAUAAAUGUGUUAAGAACUCGA